AACAGACACGAGAUCAACUGCAGCUCGUCGUGCUCGAACUGGCAACAAGUGGAUUUUGUGAUUUCGCGUAAAUUUGUUCGGUUUAAAAACGCGUUAUGUAGAUGGAUUAAAUGUAUUAAUUUGAUAUAACGACGAGCCUAGAAUACAUAGAUUAUAUAGAGAUGAGGCGUUAGAGCGGAGUUUGUCUCGUGAUAGCGGUGUUUACAUUUGCGCAGUUUAAUAAUGUGCACGCGACCUGUGGCGUUACUGUGAGUGCACGAGCCCGUGCACGCGCUAAUAUUAAAACAGGUGUUGCGUUCAUACAGGUGUGUUCAUGAUGUCGGAGUCUGGGUCAGAAGAGGAUAUAAGUGCACUCACAGCAGAGUCCGGGGGUUCAACAGAAUCCAUCCGGAAGGGAUGUGACCCUCUCGCAUCAACCCAACGCAGUAAACUACAGCAGCGUCGCGCUAAACUCAACCAACAGAUCAACCGCGAGCUUCGACUGCGGACUGGAGCGGAAAAUCUCUACAGGGCCAGCACUAAUCCGAAGGUAAAGGAGACUGUGGCGUUAGAACUGAGUUUUGUGAACUCUAAUCUUCAGCUUCUGAAAGAAGAACUAGAGGAACUAAACAGCAACAUGAACGUCUACCAGACGGAGAGUGAGACUGUAAAUGUUCCCAUGAUUCCACUGGGGUUGAAAGAGACUAAAGAAAUGGAUCUGACUGUCCCUCUUCAGGACUUCAUCAGGGAACAUUACAGCGAGGACGCUUCUCUAUACCUGAAUGAGAUCCGGGUAUUUAUGGAACUGAGACAGGCCAUGCGAACUCCCAGUCGGAAUGAUGCGGGUCAGGAGCUGUUGAUGGAAUAUUACAAUCAGCUGUAUUUCCUAGAUCAACGCUUCUUUUCACCACACAGAAGUCUGGGAAUUCAUUUUCACUGGUACGACUCACUGACUGGUGUGCCGUCGGUUCAGAGAGCGCUGGCGUUUGAGAAAGGCAGUGUUUUGUUUAACAUUGGAGCACUUUAUACUCAGAUUGGAGCCAGACAAGACCGUUCAACACUGCCUGCCAUUCAAAAUGCCAUUGAUGCUUUCCAGAGGGCAGCAGGUGCGUUUCUGUACCUGCAGGAGAAUUUCUCUCACGCUCCCAGUCUGGAUAUGAGCACUCCGGCUCUCAGCAUGCUGGUGCGCCUCAUGGUAGCUCAGGUUCAGGAGUGUGUUUGUGAGCAAGUCCUUCUUAACAUGCAGGACAACAAUCUGAAUCUGCUUUUACAAGCAGCCCAGGAAGCAGCGAGGGUAUCAGAUGUGUAUUCUCUGGUUCUUCAGGCGAUGUCAGUCCCUUUAUUGAAGGAUUAUGUUCCGUUCUCCUGGAUCUCGAUGGUUCAGGUGAAAACGCAUCAUUUCAGAGCUCUGGCUCAUUACUACACCGCUGUGGCACUGUGUGACUACUCAGGUGUGAUUGAUGAAGACGACGAUGAAGGUCAACAGAUUCAAGCUCUGAUCCAGAUUCACUCCAGACGGCCGGACAAACUGAAUCUUCAAGAUCCAGAGGACAGACUGCGACUCGGUAAAGCGCAUCUUCGUAAAGCGAUCAUAAGGCACGAGGAAGCCUUGCGUCUUCACGGCGUGUGUAAAAUGCUUCGUAAGAUGGACAUCCUGCAGGAAGUUCUGUCGUACGCUCACGCACGCUCACUGGAGAAAUACUCCGAUAUUGAUCAUGAAGACGAUUUCUGUGAGGUCGCAGAAGCUCCAGAGAUACAAUCACAUACACAUCAGAAGCCUGACAUUAAAACUCCAGAUUUCAGUGUGGUCCGAGUGACUGAUAUUUUCCACCGACUGGGCCCCCUCUCUGUGUUCUCCGCUCGAAACCGAUGGGUGGGGCGUCAUGUGUGCUUGGUUCGAGGAGAGGCGGGACUUGGUCUUACACUGCGAGGUGAUUCGCCGGUUUUGGUUGCCGGGGUGUCGCCAGGGGGAUGUGCCGCGGAGGCGGGGCUCCGUGAGGGUGAUUAUAUCGUAGCUGUGAAUGGUGAAGACUGCAGGUGGGCGGAGCAUGCCGAAGUCGUUCACGCCCUGAAGAGCUGCACCGAGAAAGGACAAGAGCUGGACGUCAUCACUCUACAAACACACGAGGUGGAGAGGAAGUUGAUUCUCUCACCCUCCGCUGAUAAAGAGUGUCCGUCGGGCAGUCAGAGGAAACCUGGUCGGGAGUGCGAACGCGGAUCGACGUCUUUAUGGAACUGGAGCUGGAGGAGUGGAGGAGUUAACAAGAGACUCGGCAGCACGUUCAGUCUCUCCUUCAGCAACUUCAGAGAGAAUGAAUCCAUGUUCUGAGAACACAAGAGGACGAGAAAGGAACAGAAGAAAAGCCCCGUUUUACCUUCUGAACACUGUCAUUCAGCACAAAACAAUGUAGCAUUGCACAAACGAUUAGCUGCCCUAUUUUAAGAGCGCUAUACUUUUAAGUCAUACACGCAAAGUCGCUUGGUAUUUUCAUGCAUGCAUGCGCUAAGUCUAGGCGCGAGCGAGUUUGGCGAAAUCGCGCACGUGCAAAACGCUAAUGUGCCUAGUCAAGUGCAGUUUAAUUCGGAGGUUCUUCUCCGGUUAUUGUAGCCCCUGCGUCCUAUUAUACAGUCCAUUCCCUCAAACACCAGCGAUAUAAACAAAGACAGCACAUUCACAAGAAGUCAGUAGUGUAAAUGGACUGAAUGCAAUGAAUUAGAAGAAUAGAAAUAUGGUUGAAUGGCAUAUUUCUAUUACAGUGACACUCAUUUUAUACACAUUGUAUAUGUACACUCCGUUAAAUAUAGAGAAUGCAAGUGUUAUUAAUCCUAUUGAUCAAGUGAGACGCACAUCAUGGCUAGUAUUGACCGUGAUUGUAUCGGCCUGUCUGGUUAGACUGUGGAUUUGUGGACGCGCUCCACUUCUGGUCAAUUUUGCUUUCAAACUUGUAGAACUUGAACCAAUAAUAUUUCUACAUUACAGUUAUACUAAAAGAAAUGAAAACAUAAUUAAAAUAAUGAUAUAAUAAUCAAUAUAUAACGACCUCUUGUGAAAUAGAUAUAUAGGAAUAUAGCAAAUUACACUUUGUGGCACUUCAACACAGGGACGGAUUAUGACGUGCAAAGGCCCUGGGGCCAGUUA